CCGAGGACGGGAGACUUCUGGUCACGGGUGAUGUGUGCUUUUUCGUAUUCUUAAGUAAUUGCCAUAGGAAUACGAGGAAGUUGGGGUACCGGUUCGACCAGGAUCGAAUACAUUCGCACAACCAUGCGUAAGGAUUUGUCGAGAAUGGCCUACCUCGAAAUAAUUAUAUUUUUAUGUUCAGUGGUUAGUUUCAUGCCAAGCUACUGCAAAACAGAGUCAGAGAAUGAUAAUAAAAAGACGAGCCUGCCGAAGUUCCUAUCAGAGCUGGAUCUAUCUAGCGUGGAAGGAUCAGCGGAGAACACCGAAUCCUUGAAAACAAUUGUCAAAAGACUGGCACCGGAGAAGAAUGGCGAGUACCAAGUUUAUCAAGUCUUCUUCGGCAAUGCGGAUCUUCUCAAGGAAUGGCUCAAAGGAGCGGGCGUGACAGGACAACCCGGAGUGGACUUUCCAGCUCUCACGACGAUCCCAGCCACUUCGUUUAGUUGCCGAGGUCUGAAAGGUGGUUACUACGCGGACUUGGAGACAAAUUGUCAAGUGUUCCACAUCUGCGACAACGGUCGAAAGAUAUCGUUCCUCUGCCCCAAUGGCACCAUCUUCCAGCAAUCGCAACUGAUCUGCGAUUGGUGGUUCAAAGUGGACUGCAGCAAGUCCGAGGAGCUCUACGAGCAGAGCAGCGAGCAGCUGAUCGAGGAGGAACGAAAACGUGCAGAAUCCCGAAGAUCCAAGUACGACUACCAGCAGUCGAUCGAGUCUGGUGGACAGCAGGACUAUUACGACGUUCAGAACCUCAGCUACGAUGGAAAACAGAAUGGACGAAUAAAAACGUACGAGGAACCUCCGCUAGAAAACCAAGUGCAGGAUAGGAUAAAGACAUCCCGGUAUUUCGACUCUGGGAACAACUUCAGCCAAGAAUCGAGUGGCCAACGAGAUGGCAAUCCAUUGUUCGGUAGCAAUGGGUUCCAGUCGAGUCAGACUUCCAGCACCAAGUCGCAGUUCAGUCAGUUCACCAGGAACACCGACGAGGGAACCGUCAACAGGUUCUCAACGACCAGUCAAGACUACUACAACACCCCUAAGAAGGCUCAGAACUACCACAUCGCCAGCAGAAACUCGAACAGUCAACGAGACGAGAAAGGGGCGAUGAAAAGGCUAAAGCUGAAGAGUUUCGCCAGGAACACGACCUCCUCGACGGUCUCUCAAAAAGUCACUCCGUCUUACACGGAGUCCACAACUUUCAGGGCUGGCAACACCAGUCCCAUAAAAGAGACUCAACAGCUAGCAGAGAGCGCGGCGUUCGUCGGCAAUCGUGGAAAUUGGCUGAACGAAAACAGUGGCAAUUCUCAUCAGUAUUACUAUCAAUUGUACGUGAACAGAGACUCCACCACUAGGAGCUCCGAUUACGAGUCAACCACCGCGUCGAUCGAACGAAGAAACAACGACGUUUCCGCUCAAACGAACGACUACUCGUACACAGUCACUACUUCUGCUCCCUACGAAACGACCACUCAAUAUGCAACAACUGUAACUCCUCCCUGCAACGACGAGGCCACCACGGAAAGUGUCGCCACGAGUCCUGACGUUCCGCAAACGACAGAGUCGCUGCAGUUCGCCAACAGCAAUUACGAGUACAGAGGGAACGUUAAUAACAACAACGUCAACAACAGAAACGACAGGACAGCUGUCAGCGGGACAGGAUCGGAUCUACCUAGCACGACUCGACAGUACGCGACCACGGAGAGCUAUCGGUACAACAGCGUGACACCCAACUCCGGUCAACAAAAGUACACCAGUCAGUUCCCAUUGCCCACCUCGUCCGUCCGCAGCAACAAUUUCGGACGCACCACCGACGGGCCUGUGGUGACACACAGCGCUUUCGAAAAUCAAUACAGCAAGCCAACGAGCAGAAGUCCUGCCACGGAUUCGCCCGUGUAUCGACCAAACUACAUCAGUUCGACCACGGACAAACCGUUCAGGACCACCCUGGCGUACCAACAGAACGCGGUGACGGAGAAGGAUCUGAGUCCCUACGACAGGAGCUUCACGUAUAAACAGGGAAAAGUCAUGUCCACUUUGGGACCCUACGUACCUUUUACCAAGAACUACGCUACUUCUUCUACUGGAACCACUGGAACCACCUCAAAGGCCACCCCCUACACCCCCACGGUGCCUACUUACACGUCUGCGAAGACUUUGAUACCAAAACUGAAACAUUCCUCCCCAAACUCGUUGAGUAAGUCGAAGACCAACUCUGCGAGGUUCUCCGAAAGGGAGCACGCGUUGAGCAUGCUGCACUCCUUGAAGAACUUGGAGAACAACGUACCAAGUUUGUCCGAGAAGCGUAAAACCGACGAGAAACCGUCCGUUCCUUCAGGCCCACCAGCUCCGUCGACGCUUCAUUCCCUAGCUCUGUAUUUCUCUACCGCCACGGAGAAUUUCGACUCGAACGAGACCACGGAUUCCUCGAUCAGCCUCGAGUCGGAGGAGGAAGUGGAGAAGUCGGUCAUCUCGAAGAAGAGCAACGGAACCGUCCAGGUGCCCACCAGUAUCUUGACGCGGCAUACCAUCGACUCCUACGCGGAGUUGUUCAAGCUGAACGACGCCGUUGAGAACAACGUGACGACGGAGGAUCGUCUGGAUAACGCCAGUGUUUAUGGCGAAGACUACAACGAGGACCUCGAGCUGCAGCAAAGCGGAGGAUCCUUGGACGAUCUUAGAAGAUCCAACAGCACCAAGCUUCGAGAACUCGCUCAGGUCUUUACCCACGCUUUAUCGGCUUAUCUUCUGGAUCCAGACACCUUCAAGAAAGUGCUCACGGAGAUCAGACCAACCGAGCCAUCCCCAACGACCCUGGAUUCGGAAGCUACCACGGCCUACCCCAGAGAGAAAGAGGAUUUCACCUCGUCCAUCAGAGAGAAAGACGAGGUCCUGGAUUUCUCUGACGAUGGGAACGACCUCAGACAGAAGCUAACGACUGUCUAUCCAACCACUGAACCACCUACCACUGUUCAAGAAACCGUUUACGAUACCUUCAGCACCCUUCCUUCUACUUAUUACACUACCCCAAGACCCUACACCCAAGAAACCUACGAACCCAGCACGAACUUCGUGUCGACUAACUCUGUGACCAAUUCCUACUACGAGACUUCUGUACCAACUACCGAGAGCACGUUCUCUGCCGAACAGCCUAGCACGCCCUUCGCUACCGACACCAGUGGCUUUUAUAAUCAGAACAAUGAGAUAGACAGAGGUAACGUAGCGUCGCAGACUGACAACUACGUUCCAACAGACGAGACAGGGAAUCAAAGCCGAGUCGGAGGUUUCCAAAACAACAGUGUCACCGCUGUCACCGAGCCCUACAGGGAGGACAGGUCGUUCGCCACCACGCCCGUAAGCGAAAACUACGUGGUUUCGCCGACGCCAUCUCCAGCGCCUAUGCUGGUGCACGUGGGACCGUUCAAUUGGAACAAGAAAGCUACCAGCAAGAAACCUGAGCAACAACUCACCCCUCCGCUGUAUGAGACCCACGCAGAGACGUUCAGGAAGGAGAACGCGAGGGUUGAUUUCAAUUCCGAGCAGUAUCCUAGCACCCCGAUGUCCUCUCAAGGUCUACGCUCGACGACGACCUCUCCUAGGAUCUAUGAAACUCCUGCAGACCAAUCUCGCAGGUCCCAGCAUCACAAAUCCUUGAUAUCGGAGCAGAGAUCCGGCAGUCGUACCCUUGCUACGUCGCGAUCUAGUUACAUGAAGUUCAGGAACACGUACAACCGCGUGGACGAACACAAUUUGAGGUCUACCGAGAGGCCGACGACGAUUGCUCCAAGGUCAACGGAACCAAGCACCACCGUCGAGGUGGAAACUACACCCUGUUCGCAUACAGACUCUACUGACUCGUUCGAAUCUGUUAAUCAGGAGGAUCCGAAGCUACUGAAUAAUAAUCAUUGGACCUCGUCGCCAGCUGUAACCCAUCUCUGGGAAACGUCUGUCUUCGUAGAUCCUCAGCACAUCAAUCACGGUCUGGAGUCUGACGUCAGCACGACGGUGGCGUCGGACAGCUUCACAGGGAGCCACGAGAGCACGGAGUACGGAAACACCCCGUCUUUGGAUGAAACCACGUCUAGUAGCACGGAAGAGUCCUACAGCGGCGAAUCGGACGUACCCUUCUCGUCUCAGAGAAUAUCCAGGGAAAAGGACUCCCCAACUACGUUCUCUCUGCUCCCAACCUCGUUCACAGCUGCGAAUACCGCAACUCCGAAGCCCUUGAUCACCACGCGUUCGAGCAUCACGACUACCAUCACGUCCUCCAUCACGUCGACCAAUUCUCUGCCUCAAGAAGCCCUGGUCUCCUCGUUGAUACCGUAUUCGGUAACGACGACCAGCAGCAGUACCCUGAAUGGAACAGAGAAGGAGGUCGCCGAGAAGCUGUUCGGGAAACUGAACGCCUCCAGUAGCAGCACCUUGAUGAGGGUGAUGAAGCAGGCGGACAACAACGAGACAGUGAGGCAACUGGUUCUCCUUCUGGUAAGACACUGCAAGGACCCUGUGAACAAGACCAUGCAACGCGAGAAGGACGAAUUGUUGAACGCGUUGUUGAGAUUGCCAGUGAACGAGUUCGCCUCGGAGGAGUCCAGGAACGUCGUGGCUGGGAUCAACCAGUUGAGCGUUUCCUCCGCUGGGUCCACCACUCGCGCCAGGAGCCCUUCGACCGUCUCCACGUUCACGGAACCACCUGUUACUACGUAUCGCAGCAGAAAAAGUCGAAGAUUUCGAACCACCACCGAGAGUUCGCCUAGCAUCGUGAGGAGAUCCGAAAAGGGCACGUCAAACACGAUCAACUCGUUGCACGAGGACGAGACCUCCACGUCGGAUGGCAGAGCGCUGGAACUCCUCAGAUCGUUGUACACGAUAGCCACGAAAUGGGGGUGAGAAACGGGGGUCGCUGGAACAGGAACGGGUUCGCGUCGACGGGCUUUGGAACUAAAUCCCUUCCUAAACGUGUCUUUCUGAACGGAGACCAUCCAUCAACGCGACCUUUCGUGUAAUUCGAUCGUCGUUCCUUCAGGGUUUUCAAAUUUUUUGGUGCACGUGAUCUAUACACCUUUUCGAUGAUUUAGGGAAGGGUAUCUGGUAUAAGCAAAAUUCGAGGCUGGGAGAUUGUUCGUAUGGGUGGUUGGGAAUGUACUGUGCUGCGGAUCAGGAAAGUAUACCCUUUUUUCUUUAAGUGUAUUUGCAUAUUGAGGUGUUUUGUUAAUUGCGAGGGUGCCCUUUGGUGUCUUUUGAUGUACAGGGGUUACGUAUUCUUUCAGAAAACUCGAUGAUGUACUCGGAGGUAUCGUAAGUAGUAUUGCUAUACGAGUUGUGUGGAUUUUUAGAGAGAAUACAAAAAAUGAUUUUACGUGACGUGUAUUCUCCAUUCUUAAUUAUUUGCUACGAUAAGAGUAGGAUACAGGUAUCAUGGAGCCUGUAGUCAUAUUUUCAAGAGGAAAAUAUCAUUAGGGGCUUCGGUGAAAGAGAAUCUUACUACCGAUCCGCUUUCAGUCGAUGUUUAUACAGGAUGUGCGUAGGGUACUAACAAAAAUAAUUUGUUAUAGUAUUUUUGAUUAAAGAGGGUUAACAUUUAACGAUACACUGGCAAGAUGCACAUCCUCAUUAAGACAUCAAAGCUUUCUUCGUUAGACUUGAAAAUUUCACAUUAUAUUAAUUCUUAUAUUAAUUCUUACAUCUUUAUCAAGAAUGAAUCAGUUUAUCACACAUGUAUAUUGUAUAUAAAAUCAGUCAGUUUUGAAUGAAUACAUCACGACAAAAAUAUGUCUUUGUUUUCCUCGUGACUCCCUCAACAUACGAUAUUAAACGUUCUGAAAGAAUUUAUUGUCUUCGUACAAAAAGACAUCAAGUACUUGUUAUUAGCAUGUCGCUUCAGACUGUAAAACAACAUUUUCAAGAAAAGAAGGUGCAUCGAUAUUUCUCUUGAUCCACUGCUGUUUCGAUGAAAAUACUUCUCCUUUAACAUUUCACACGCACACAAUUUCGGAAUAUAGAUUAUACGAUGCUGUUGGCGAGCUGUUGAACGACUCCCGAUCAAUUUCAUUCGACACGUUGCAGAUGGACGAACGCAUCUGUGGAUAAUAGCUAUCGUUAAUGAAAUCUUUUGGAAUUCGUUCGUUAGGUUGUACUCGUGCAUGCCUGCAAUUGCACCUGAUCUUAACAGUAUUACAUUGCAUUACGUACAAACAUACUGUAUUAUAAUCGUUGUACAUCCUCUGUUGAAUAAAUAAGAACUUCGAUGUGUA